CUGCCCAACUUUCGUUCCCGUUUUUGAAAACCUACAUGGUUAAAUAACAACCAACUGAAUACGUAGCCGCUUAUGCAUCCGUUUGUGUUUGAAGAAUGUUAGACAAGUUUUCAUUUUAAAGUACACAGUUUGGAGCCUCUGACAAGCUCACAGCUAAUGCUAAAUUGGCUGCAGCUAGCUAACACUGCAAUGCAGACUCAAGCUAUCUAACUGGAGUUUAUUGUAAAGUCAACUGCUUAUGCAUCACUACUACCUGGUAGCCACAGCACGUAUUUGUAGGUUGGUGUAAGUUAUUGUUUUUAAGAUGUCCAGUAAAGAAGUGAAAACAGCGCUGAAAAGUGCAAGAGAGGCCAUAAAGAACAAAGAGUUCAAAGAGGCUCUAAAACACUGCAAGGCUGUAUUAAAACUUGAGAAGAACAAUUAUAAUGCCUGGGUGUUCAUCGGCCUGGCAGCCAGCGAGCUGGAGCAGCCAGACCAAUCGCAGAUGGCUUAUAAAAAGGCUGUGGAGCUGGAGCCUGAGCAGCUACUGGCAUGGCAGGGCUUGUCCAAUCUUUAUGAGAAGACUGAUCAGUGGGAUUUCCAAGUUGAGCUACCUAACGUCUAUCAGAAGCUUGUUGAACUGUAUGCAAGCUCUGACAAAAAUAAAUGUUAUGAGACGAUCAGAAAGCUGUCCGAUAUCUAUCAGUCUGAUAAAGAAUAUUUAAAGUUGGCAAAAGUUUGGCUCCAGCUCCUUCAGUUGAAGGAGGAGGAGGCUGUGGACAAGAAAGAGUUACUGCAGCUAUGGCAACAGAUGACCAAACUCCUCUCAGACUGCCUUAAUGAGGAACAGAAGGAUUAUGAAACUCAACAGCAUUUAAUCACAGCAUUUGAGAAGACCAUGGUUCUCAUGGAUCCUAUACCAGGAGAGGAGCACAAGAAAGUCUCAGCUGACUAUGUCAAAUGCCUUUCUAAACUGCCACAAGAAGAAGUGAAAAUGAAAGAGGCAUGUGAGUCCAUGUUGUCUCUCUACCCCAACGAUAGUUAUCCUCUUGAAGUCCUUUGUUCUCACUACCUCAACACAGGUGUUCAGACUGAGGAUGCAGUUAGCUCUUUCUCCCGGCUCCUGGAUCUGGCACCAAGCAGCGGAUUAGGUCACUUGGGUCUGGGCACCAAAGCACUUCAGGAAGGGAGGUAUAAGGAUGCCAUUAAGGACCUUGCGCAAGGGUUGAAGAAAAUGAGCUCCAGCACUGGGUGGUGCAAUCUGGCUGAAGCUCAAUUUAAAAUGCAGAGAUACUCAGACAGUGCUGUAUCAUGCUCACAAGGUCUGAAGGUGUGUGCCUCUGAAGACAAGGAGCUGAAGGUCAAACUGCUUAAGCUAAAGCUAGAGGCUUUAGUCAGGAGUGGAGGAGAGAAAGCGGCAGACCAGGCAUUGGAGACAUUUCCACUGAUCCAAGAUGCAGAAAAAGACCCAGUUCUAGUAACCCUUAAAGGCCGUGCAUACCUCAACAAGGGACAAAUCGAUCAUGCACUUAAGGUGUCAUCAGAGCUGGUGGCUUCUAACCCUAACCUGGCUCAGGGGUUGGUACUGAGAGGACUGGCACAAUUGGCUCAGGGCCAGCAGCAGUUGGCAGAGGAGAGUUUCCUAAAGGCGGCCAGCCAGAGCCCAGACUGUGGAGAAUAUUAUUUCUUGCUGGGAAAGCUUUACUGGGACAAGGGAGAAGAGACCCGUAAAGACAGGAGCAAAGCUCAUACACACCUGCUCAAGGCUGCAAAGUUAGACCCAAACCUUGGUUGUGCAUUCCGCUACCUCGGACAUUAUUACAGGGAGGUGGCAAACGACCGUGCCCGGGCUCGAGGCUGUUAUAAGAAGGCCUUUGAGUUGGACAAUGAUGAUGCUGAGUCUGGAGCUGCCUCAGUGGAUCUCUGUAUGGAGCAGGAUGAUAUGGACACUGCCUUAGCAAUACUUCAGUCGGUGAUUGAAAAAGCCACUCCAGGCUCAGCUAAAUGGGCUUGGAUGAGACGAGGACUUUACCACCUGAAGGUUGGAGAGCAUCAGCAAGCUACAGCUGAUCUGCAGGCAGCUCUGAGGGCAGACCCAGAGGACUGGGUGUGUUGGGAGUGUUUAGGUGAGGCCUACCUAAACCGCCGGAGCUUCACAGCAGCUCUGAAGGCCUUUGGUAAAGCCCAUCAGCUUCAACCCUCCUCAAUCUACAGUGUCUACCAGGCUGCCGCUAUCAAACAGACCCUCGGCAAGUUCAAGGAGGCAGUUGCAGAGUACUUGCAGAUCACAGCGCAGCAGGACUAUGUUCCUGCUCUUAAAGGUCUUGGGGAGUGCCAGCUGUCUCUGGCAAAGAGUCUAAUGGAAGAAUGCAGAGAUGGGGGAGCCAUUGACCUCAUUCAGCAAGCAAUACAGAACCUCUUCAGAGCUGUUGAGCUGCGUCCAGACCUGUCCUGUUUGUGGAAGCUGCUGGGAGAUGCUUGCACCGCAGUCAGCAAUGUGUCGCCAAACAGAGCCCAGGUUCUGAUGCCUGCCCCGCUGGCGGGUUUAGACCCAAACACUAAGAGCCACACACUGACUCAGGCCCAGACUCUCAAAGUUGGUGAGAGAUGUUAUGCCCGUGCUUUGAAGCUGAUGUCUGAGGUCCCCAGCCUUUGGUAUGACCUAGGACUCAACUACUUCCGCCAGUCCAGCCUACCCUGCCCUGCAGAGGGAGACCAGAACUCCCCAUCUCUGCUCCUAGAAAAGGCCCAGCAGUGUUUGAAAAAAGCUAUCAUGAUGGACAGCGGGAACCAUAGCAACUGGAAUGCCUUGGGAGUGAUUUCAAUGAGAGAAGGCCUUGAGAACUUUGCUCUGGCUCAACAUUGCUUCAUCAAGUCCAUAGAUGUUGAACCAAAUAAUGUUGUUGCUUGGACCAACCUUGGGACCCUGUAUUUGAAAAAGGACAAUAUAGAGCUUGCACACAAUGCCUUCAAGAUUGCUCAGUCACUGGAGCCACUUUAUGUCAACUGUUGGAUUGGACAGGCGCUGAUAGCAGAGAAAGUGGGAAGCUAUGACACCAUGGAUCUUUUCAGGCACACCACAGAACUCAGCACACAUAUGGAGGGGGUGAAAGGUUAUGCCUACUGGGUGUGUUCAACCCUCUUGGAUAAGAGCAACAGAGACUCGGAACUGUACCGCUACAACAUAGUCCAGAUGAACGCCAUCUCUGCUGCUCAUGUGGCUCUUAACAAGUACACAGAGAGGAUCCAGUCUGAUCCUGUUGCCUUCAUCAUGCUUGGUUACCUGAAUGAGCAUCUGCAGCUGAAGAGGCAGGCCCUACGGGCUUAUCAAAGAGCUGUUGAACUGCUUCAGUCCAAGUCCUCCACAGAAGAGCUGGCUUUUGCCUUAGGCAAUUAUGGCAGAGCUUUAUGCACCUUGGGCCAGUUGGAUGAGGCGGUGUCUGUGUAUAAUUCCACUCCGCUGCAGGAGCUCAGUGAUCUGACUGGGCUGGCUCUGGCCUGCUGCAGGGCAGGACUCAUUGGAGAGAGUGUCAACGCCUAUGAACGUGCCUUGGCUGUGGCUUCCACUGAGAAGGACAAGGCUUACAUCUUGACCGCUCUGGCCCUGCUUCAGCACCGGCAGGGUAACAUAGACUCAGCCAAGACUCUGCUGUUUAAAUGCUCAAUGUUAAAGGAGCCAGUCUCAGAGUCCCUGCUGUGUUUAUGUGCCCUGGGUUUGGUCCACAGUGAUGCUACAUUAGCGUCUGCUGCCCUGACAGAACUGCUGAAGCAAGGUUCAGCCUCUGGGGAUGUUGUUGAGCAGCGGUGUCUACUCACCUGUGCCUUGCUGGCCCUGCAGGGCAACUAUAGUGCAGUUCAAAGAGAGGCUUCCAGAGCUGUACACAGUAAUCCUGGAAACCCAUCUCUGUGGGCCCUGCUGUCAAGAGUGGUACCGCAAUACUACCCCAGAAAAGCAAACGGCGGAGCGAUGGCUGGUCAUGUUGCCUGUCUCUCCAGUAUGACUCAAGGAAAGAGGGCGUUGUUGUACAGUGGAGUGAACCAACUGGCCAAUGGGAGACACUCUGGAGAGGACAAACACAGAAAUGCACUGAGGACUAUGCAGAGAGCUGUACUGCUCUGUCCUGAUGAUCCAGCGACAUGGGCAGGAUUAAUGGCUGCCUGUCACACAGAAAACACGUCGUGUUAUCUUUCAGGUUCCGCUCCUUGCAGACAAGGACUGGAGCAAAUCCUCAUGUCAGUGGUUUCUGAGAAAGUGCGUAAUGUUGAGGAGAUAGAGCGCCCUCUGGCCCAGAGUCUAGAGGGCUGGGUACUACAACAGUCAGUGACGGGUCUCAUGCUGGGAGGACAGGUGGAGCAGGCAGAAGCCCUCUGCUCACAGGUACUGAGUGUGUCUCCAGAACACCCAGCAGUGCUGCUGUCACUGAGACAGGUGCAGUGCCAUCGCCUCCUUGCUUCCAGUGGUGGUACCGUCCUACCAGAGUCUGUGCUGGAGCAACUAAACAACGCAGUGAUUAUGAACCCUACCAACCUUGGGGCAUGGCAUUGGCUGGCUGAGGUGUAUCGCAGCCAGGGUCUGCUGGUCCAGGCGGUCAUGGCCUACAGGCAGAGUCUGCAGCUAGCCUCACAGCUUGGCUUGCACAGCAGCCAGGUAGCCAGCCUCCUUCGACUUGCCCUGCUAGCCCUCGGACCCUGUAUGGCGGGUGUCCCCAGAAAAGACUGGACGGACCUGAUACUAGAGGCCACCACUGAAGUCUUGAAGCUGGGUUCAUCCCCGAUGGCCCUACUUUUUCAGGCCCUGCUCCAGUAUUUGACCAAGAUGGCUGCUAGGGAAACAAGGCGUUUGCUGGAGAGGCUGGUAUAUGUCCCCUCUCAAGAGUUCCCAGUGACAGUCGUUCAGGUGGCCAGCUGGUACCUCCUCAGACACCUGCAUGCCAAAAAUGACCAGGAGCUAAUGAAUGUCCUAUUGCAACAUGCCAAAAUGAAUGGAGAUCACAGACUGCUGAAUUUUUAUUCACUGGUCGCCUCUUCAUCAUCCUGAAUUUUGUUUAUAGCUGCAUCGCUGUGGAAUCAUACAUCUUGGCUGGUUUAUCCACAGUUCUAAGUCAUCCCCAGUAAAAAUGAAAUCAUAUCAAAUCAGACAUUUUGGGUUUUAUAUAAUAAUUAUGACAUUUAUUAGCUUUACAUGAAUAUUUGGUUUUACAUUAUGCAGUGUCAAUCAAAUAUCAUGAGCAUUAUCACAUAUUUAAAGAAUGUAUAAACAGUACCCACAUUCAGGCUGAAUAAAGGCAUUUGGCUCAACACAGAAA